GAUCAGUGUGAGGCAGCAGGCCGUGAGUGCUGGAAGGACCUGGGGGAUGAGACUCAGACUUCUCUGCCCAAGACGAAUGUGCCGGCAGACUGUGAAACUGCCACUCUGAGCGUCGAUUUUGGGAAGUCGCCGCAGUCUGCUUACAGAAGUGCGAUUCUGGAGGGUCUUAAAGCCCUCCAGGAGAACGGGCAGCAGCAGAAGGCAUGCUGGAAGGGUCACAGGGCUGUGGUGGAGGCUGUGCAUCGACUUGACCUCAUCCUUUGCAACAAAACUGCUUAUCAAGAAGUGUUCAAACCGGAGAACAUCAGCCUGAGGAACAAGGCGGUCAGUGUCUUGUGCCUGUCUGUGCCCUCAGGCUGCGUGAGCUCUGCGUCAAGCUAAUGUUCCUGCACCCAGUGGACUAUGGGAGGAAGGCUGAAGAGCUGCUGUGGAGAAAGGUGUACUACGAAGUCAUUCAGCUCAUCAAGACCAACAAGAAGCACAUCCACAGCCGCAGCACCUUGGAGUGCGCUUACAGGACACACCUGGUUGCGGGGAUUGGCUUCUACCAGCACCUGCUUCUCUAUAUCCAGUCCCACUACCAGCUGGAGCUGCAGUGCUGCAUCGACUGGACCCACGUCACCGACCCCCUCAUAGGAUGUAAGAAGCCAGUAUCUGCCUCGGGGAAGGAGAUGGACUGGGCACAGAUGGCGUGCCACCGAUGCCUCAUGUACCUGGGGGACUUGUCACGGUAUCAGAAUGAGUUAGCCGGCGUAGACACCGAGCUGCUAGCUGAGAGAUUUUACUACCAGGCCCUGUCGGUAGCCCCCCAGAUUGGAAUGCCCUUCAACCAGCUGGGCACGCUCGCGGGCAGCAAGUACUAUAAUGUGGAAGCCAUGUAUUGCUACCUGCGCUGCAUCCAGUCGGAAGUGUCCUUUGAGGGGGCGUACGGGAACCUCAAGCGGCUGUAUGACAAGGCGGCCAGAAUGUACCAGCAGCUGAAGAAGUGUGAGCCCCGCAAGCUCUCCCCCAGCAAGAAGCGAUGCAAAGACAUUAAGAGGUUGCUGGUGAACUUUAUGUACCUGCAAAGCCUCCUGCAGCCCAGGAGCAGCCCGGUGGACUCAGAGCUGACCUCGCUCUGCCAGUCGGUCCUGGAGGACUUCAACCUGUGCCUCUUCUACCUGCCGGCGUCGCCCGGCCUCAGCCUGGCCAGCGAGGGUGAGGAGGACUACGAGGGCGGCUACGCCUUCCUCCCGGACCUGCUCGUCUUCCAGAUGGGCGCCAUCUGCCUCAUGGGCGUGCACAGCCUGAAGAGAGCAGGCUCCAAGCAGUACAGCGCGGCCAUCGCCUUCACCCUGGCCCUCUUCUCUCACCUCGUCAAUCACGUCAACAUGCGGCUGCAGGCAGAGCUGGAGGAGGGCGAGAACCCCGUGCCAGCGCUGCAGAGUGACGGCGCAGAUGAGCCCUUGGAGAAGGAAGAGGCGCCGGGCCCUGAGCUCUCUCCCGCGGCCCCUCAAGCCAGUGAGGUCAGAAGGAGCCGGAAGUUCUCCCGCCUCUCCUGCCUCCGCCGCCGCCGCCACCACGCACCCAGAGCUGGGGAUGACAGUGACCUGAGCGAGGGCUUUGAGUCGGACUCAAGCCGUGACUCGGCCAGGGCCAGCGAGGGCUCGGACAGCGGCUCGGACAAGAGUCUGGACGGUGGCGGGAUGGCCUUUGAUGCAGAGACAGACUCGGAAAUGAACAGCCAGGAGUCCCGAUCAGACCUGGAAGACAUUGAGGAUGAGGAGGGGCCCCGGUCGCCAGCCCUGGAGCCCCCGCGGCCCAGGGCAGAGGCUCCCGAGUCUCUCGGCGGCCCCCUGGGUCCCAGCGAGGCCAGCAUCGCCAGCAAUCUGCAGGCCAUGUCUACCCAGAUGUUCCAGAGCAAGCGCUGCUUCCGCCUGGCCCCCUCCUUCAGCAACGUGCUCCUGCAGCCCCGCGCUGCGGCCGGCCCGAGGCCCUGCGUCAACGGGGAUGCGGACCGGCCCUCGGAGCCAGCCUCUGAGGACGGCUCCGAGUCGGAGGGCAGCGAGUCCAGCGGGCGCUCCUGUCGCCACGAGCGCAGCGUCCAGGAGAAGCUGCAGGUGCUGGCGGCCGAAGGCCUGCUUCCCGCCGUCAAGGUCUUCCUGGACUGGCUGCGGGCCAACCCGGAGCUCAUCGUUGUGUGUGCACAGAGCUCCCAGAGUCUGUGGAACCGCCUGUCGGUGCUGCUGAACCUGCUGCCGGGCGCUGGGGAGCUCCGGGAGUCUGGCCUGGCCCUGUGUCCCGAGGUCCAGGACCUUCUCAAAGGUGGUGACCUGCCCGACCUGCCCUCUAACCUGCUGCUCCCAGAGGACACAGCCCUGCGUAACCUGCCUCCCCUGCGGGCCGCCCACAGACGCUUCAACUUUGACACGGACCGGCCCCUGCUCAGCGCCUUAGAGGAGGUGGUCGUGCGCAUCUGCUGCAUCCGCAGCUUCGGCCACUUCGUCGCCCGCCUGCAGGGCGGAGUCCUGCAGUUCAGCACGGAGGCUGGCAUCUUCCUCAGCGUCGCACAGUCCGAGCAGGAGGGCGUGCUGCCGCAGGCCCAGGCCCAGAUCCGCAUGGCUCAGGAGGAAGCGCGCCGGAACCGGCUGAUGCGAGACAUGGCCCAGCUCCGCCUCCAGCUCGAGGUCUCGCAGCUCGAAGGGAGCCUGCAGCAGCCCAAGGCCCAGUCAUCCAUGUCGCCCUACCUUGUCCCUGACACCCAGGCCCUGUGCCACCACCUCCCACUUAUCCGCCAGCUGGCCGCCAGUGGCCGCUUCAUUGUCAUCAUCCCGAGGACAGUGAUCGACGGCCUGGAUUUGCUGAAGAAGGAACACCCAGGGGCCCGGGAUGGGAUCCGAUACUUGGAGGCGGAGUUUAAGAAAGGAAACAGGUAUAUUCGCUGCCAGAAAGAGGCGGGGAGGAGCUUCGAGAGGCAUAAGCUGAAGAGGCAGGACUCGGAGGCCUGGACCCUCUAUAAGAUCCUGGACAGCUGCAAACAGUUGACACUGGCCCAGGGGGCAGGUGAGGAGGACCCGAGCGGCAUGGUGACCAUCGUCACGGGCCUCCCACUGGAUGACCCCAGUGCGCUGUCAAGCCCUAUGCAGGCAGCCCUGCAGGCCGCUGCACAUGCCAGCGUGGACAUCAAGAACGUUCUGGAUUUCUACAAGCAGUGGAAAGAGAUUGGUUGAGACGGACCCGAGGCCCUGCAGUGGGGCUGACUCCAUCCUGUCCUCCCUGGCGGCCGGGGCCGCCGCCUGUAGUCACCCCCACACGCAGACGCACGCACGCACGCACGCAGAGAGGAGGCCGCAGGGAGGGCCCAGGAGCCACAGGGAGGGCCCGGAGCCACAGGGAGGGCGGUCCCCUUGUCCAGAAGACAGGGACGUGAGGGAGGUGCUUGGAGCAGGAGAGGCCUGCGGGCCCCCCCGCCCGCCCUUCUGCCUCAGCCGCCUGCUGUCCCUAGGGGCAGGUGGGCAUGGGUGGCUGCGUUCACGGGAGCAGUGUGUGGACCUCCGACGGGGAGGGGCGGCGGGGUCCCUCGUCCUCGCGGUGCCGGGUGGUCGAGGGCCCCGUGGGAUCUGCCGCACGGGGGGAGGACUUGGCUGGUUCUCUGCAGACCCUUCCCUCCUCCGGGCCCGCGCGGUCCGUUCUCCUGUCCUCUCCCUCUGUGCGGGCUGGGCAACUCCGGAGCCUUGGGACUCUUCGAGAAGAGGGGCCUAGAGCUGCCCGCACCGUUAGCGGGGCUGGGGCUUGCACCCUCCUGCUGCCGAGGGGGCCCGCCUACCAACUCGCCCUACGUCUGCUUUCUCUCCAUCUGGCCAGUUCCAGGGCAGGGAGCAGGCCAUGGGCCAGUGAGGGCCCCUGGGCCUGCCAGCCUGUGGGCGUGUGUGGGGCCGAGUGGGGUGCCAGGAUGAGGAGGGGUGCAAUGUGCGGCCGCCCGCCCGCUUGCUGUCUUGGGGAGGCCCUGAAAGCUGCCGGGGCCGCUGUCCAGGAGGAGCUGAUGGGCUCCAGCGACUGGAGGCAGGAGAGGUGGGGGCGGAGACCGGGAACAGGUCAGGGCAGUGGGCGGAGCACCAAGUGCAGGCCGUGGGGGCGCCCUGGCCAGGGAGCCUGGGCGGGGGGUGCGGGAGUCCCGGCUCUGCUGCUGCACCCCCAGCACUGCCCUCACCUCCCAGGCCACAGGUCUGGGACAGCCUGGGGGCGUGGGGUGACCCUGCUCCCAGUCCCUAGCAGAGACGGAGACUAAAGCAUCACUUAAUAAAGACCCCCUCGAAGCCC